CGGCGGCGGCGUCCGGAUCGGGAGAGUGAUUUUUGUGAUCGCCGUUCUCGUCAAUGACACGCGCGGAAUGCGCUGAGCGAGCGCGCGAUCCCACGCUGCGCGCUAUACGCGCCGACAUUGUUGCGCGUCCGCCGCGUUGUUGCGCUGGCCUUUAAAAAAUCCGUCCGUGCGCGUCUUCGCGACGUCGAGCGAGCGAGAGCGAGGGGUGUGCGUUUUUGAAUGCGGCGCAGGGCAAACGCGGAUCCCGCGACGCCGCGCGAGAGCGACAAUUUCGGCCUGACCCCGGCGCAUAACGGACAAAUGAGUCCGCCUGUGACAUCGUACGUCGUGACUUGUUUAUAGCCGUCCAGGCGCGAAAUUCCUGCUGGAAGGGGAGAGUAUAGAAUGAUAAAAGUGAACUAAAAAAAAAUUGCCAAAUAUUCCAAAUGGGCAAUAAAAGCCCAUUAUGGCCCAGUGUCAUCAGCCACAACAUCAGCAUGAAUUUUUGCCCCUGUGUGACGUACUGUUCAAUAUUAUUUCAUUAGCAUCCUACUUCUGCGAUGUUGUCUUCGAUUUUGCCAUGGUGUAUGCCCUCGCCCAACAAGCCACAGCACCACCCAUAUUGUUUCCAUUGAGCAUCACUUUUAUAGCGACUUCCCUAUUAAUUUCUCAGAUCGUUAGCUUGCGAUGGUACCUCUGGGGAGCUAGAGGUAAAUUAACAAACAGCGGGUCAAGCAACUGUCACGUAAGUCCAGUGAAGAGGAUUGGCAACUGGACCGUAGGCUGUGUUCUGUUACUCCACUCCACGCAAGUCGGUGUACUAUGGAGAUACUUCAAAUUAUUUAUCCCAGUCAAUUUAACUUUUGUGAAGCACGAGGUACGGGAGCUCUGUGUAUUACGGCUGAUACACGCGUUCUGUGAGGCCGCUCCGAUGCUACUUCUGCAGCUGUACGUCUUGUUCGGCGCUACCGACGGUGCUGAGACAGAGGCCGGGAAACUGAAGGAGAGCGACGGCAAGGACGGCAGCAAACUGAAGGAGCUGACCCUGGUGUCGGCGGGACUCUCUCUGUGGAGCGUGUGUUGGGCGGUCGCCAGCUUCAGCAAGGGUGCCGCGCGUCUGCGUAAUCUGGAGCGUUUGGUGCUAACAUGGUUGGGCGUGCUGGCGCAAUUAUUCUGGCGUUUGGGGACGGUGAGCGCCCGCGUCGGAGCGCUGGUCGUGUACGCGUCGCUGUACGGCGGGCAGUGGCUGCUGAUCGUGAUGGCCCUCCACUGGCUGUCGAUGCUGACGUGGCUGCUGCUCACGCCGGACGGACUCUUCCACGGCGGCGAGCGUCUCCCUCUUCUCAGGAAGACUUUCCUCGCUUCCCUCCUCGCCUUUGUAUAUAUAUUCGCAUACGUUAAUCUACACGAAACGAAUCAUCGUCAGAAAAUGGUGAUAUUUUACACUGUUAUGUUCUUGGAGAACAGUCUACUCAUUGGCGUGUGGAUAGCUGGUAUUAAUCGUGCCGACCUUUUGCCCCACCAGCAUCAUCUACACCCAGUUACUCUAGUGCUUAUUCUACUAGCUUUAUUUUUCGGUGGCAUGUUUUUCAUGGGUCUUUAUUAUAGAUUUUUUCACGUGAGAAGGUUGAGGUACGAGGCUGGUGGCAGAAUGACUGGUUCGAAUCUCACCACGCUGUCCAAUCAGGACAACGCGGAAGAGAAGCAAAUAGAUUAUAACGAGGGGAAGAAGGUCAACAUCAGCAUCGGCAUGAGGAAGGUUAAAUUAAGUAACGGCGGUAUACCGGGUGUGUUCAAUUGCCGUUUCGCGAAUCCGACGGUCGUGAAUCCGAAUCGCAAGAAGAAGAAGCCGACCAGCUUCGUACCACCGCCGCCGCCGCAAUCGCAGACGGCCACGGUGAUGAAUUCCAUAGCGGCGAUAGGCGACUCGAAACAGUGGCUCAACAUGGGCAACGGAUCGCGGCAAUUAAUUCCGUUUUGGAAGAAGCCCGUGUCCUCCAAUAUAAUGCAGAACGACGGUUCUAACGGGCGCAAAAAUGAGACUGACAUGGCGAUCGGUGGUUCGCUGAACGUCACGUUAAUACGCGAGAAACUGAAGGAGAAGAAGCAACAGCAGCUGCGCGAACUGCGAGCGAUACAGGAGGAGAUCAAGGAGGGCAAGUUGUUCCCACCCCCUUCCGCCUCCACAUCGUCAUUCUCGUCAUCACCCUCAGCGUCUAAUCAGCAACCACCGCCGAAUACCAAGUUGCACACCUCCCCGAGUUCCCCGCUAUUCACAUCCCCGCCGUCGUUCUUCGAGCAGAAUGGCGGUAGCGCGUUAUCGUCCUGGCCACCCGUGAAGAUGCACUGCCUCUUACCACCGCCGCCCUCCUCCCCGUACUACCCCAACUCGCAUCCCUCGAAUCCAUGGAGGGCGGCGCCUCAACGGGAGCGCGCGGACACGCCGGAGAUAUUACUGGCGCCGCGAUGCCUUCCGCACCAUUAUCCCCAUUGGUCACCGCCUGGACACCUCGGUCACAGAUUGCACGCGAAUCAGAAUGGCGUCGAAGAGAGUUCCAAGGGCAAGGGCGACGGGGAGGCGGAGGUCAGCGACAUGGAGGGCAGCCAAGUCUCGUUACCCAGGAGUUACACGCUGCCCCGCGAGUUUAAGUACAAUCCUAACAGCGCCGCGAGGGAACGCCGCGCGGGAAAUAAUAAGAUAUCUUCCUCGCGCUUUUACCUGCCGUCCACUAAUAGUUCUGACGGCGACGUAGAUAGUGCUGAUAACGAGGACGAGACGGACUCGGAGGCGCAGAUGCAAACCAAUCACGGUCAUAACUAUGACGAGAUCUUGCAGAGGCGUCACGUAUACGAGGAGAACGACGCCGCUGGUCCUAAUAUGGAGUGCGGCGCGUCUAACAAUUGUUACUCGAACAAUUCCCAUGGUGUCCUGCGACCGAAUCAAUUACUCAGAACGCGAGUGAAACACGAAACGAAACUUUAAAUUAUAUCGCGACACGUAAUAGCAAAUGCAUGGGACGUGCGAAUACAAUGUUCAAAACCAUCCUCUGGGAUCUAUCUCUCUCUAUUAAACGUUAACAGUACAAGACUGUUGCCCUCGCAAAACGAUAUAUGUAGCGGUAUAGUACAUAAUAUGUGCGCAAGAGUACAUUAAAGAUAUUUCUCUUCUGAGAGUGUAUUAGUAUGCGAUGUAAUCUAAUAUAAUCUAAUUUAAUUUUUCCGCGAUAUUUUUUGCAUAAAAUUGUGCAAACGGGGAAUCGCGACCUUCAAUCAAGCAUAUAAUUAAGUACAUCUCUUAGGAGAGAAUACAUAACGGACGAGUAUAAAUACAUGACCUACUGUUAAAAUUCAUCACCGACGGUUAUUUUAUAUAAUGCAUAGUUACCUGAGUAUAAAAAUCGUACAUCUUUCAUUCGUAUAAAAUACAUCUGCGUAAUGAUAAAUUAAUUUCCGCGAAUAUAAGGUAUUACACUAUUUAAAGAGAUAUAUUCUGUUAUACAAUUUGUAAAUAUACGACCUUGUGCUAA